CCAUCAGGAAACACAUCGCGGAUUUGUCCUUCUCGCUACUAUCGUAGUUUGGUUAUCGCAGUAGCCUACCCGUGGCGGAGGAGAGCGAGGAUUUGUGCUCCCCUAGACAGGUUUCCAGACACCAGCGAAACUGGACGCGGAACUGGACGGAAGGUAUAACUCCGAGAUCCCAAUAAUCAUUUGUGGACUAAACGCAAUGGCUGUCUCUGUAUAUGUUUCCAUGACACCAGAGCCAGCCUUCGGAGAGGUGAACCAGCUCGGCGGUGUUUUCGUCAACGGCAGACCGCUACCCAACGCCAUCCGGCUGCGGAUUGUAGAGCUCGCUCAGCUGGGCAUCAGACCUUGCGACAUCAGCAGACAGCUCCGGGUGUCCCACGGCUGCGUCAGCAAGAUACUGGCCCGGUACAAUGAGACCGGCUCUAUACUCCCGGGAGCGAUCGGGGGCAGCAAGCCACGGGUCACCACGCCGUCAGUGGUGAAGCACAUACGGACAUACAAGCAGAGGGACCCAGGUAUUUUCGCAUGGGAGAUCCGAGACAGGCUACUGGCUGAUGGCGUUUGUGACAAAUUUAAUCUACCAUCUGUGAGCUCCAUCAGUCGGAUCCUCCGCAACAAGAUUGGCAAUCUAUCCCAGCAGAGUCAGUAUGAGUCCAGCAAGCAGUCGUCUCACCAACCACCUCAACCAACGCUACCAUACAACCACAUAUACUCGUAUCCGACCCCCAUCGGAGCCUCUGGAACCAAAGUACCGACUCCCCCAGGCAUGCACUCCCUCCCUGGACACAUGGCUAUGCACAGGAUAUGGCCCUCAUCGCACUCGGUAACAGAUAUUCUGGGGAUUCGGUCGAUAACAGAGCAACAAAUUAGUGACAGUUCGUCCUUUCCCAGCGCCAAACUAGAAGAAUGGAGUGUUAUAAACAGAACACAUUUUCUGCCAUCAGCAAGUUCUCAACUAGUCAAUGGCGUGCAGCAUAAACCACCGCAUUCUAUAGAACCUGAAGCAAAAUGCACACAGAUGCAGAGUGGUUUUCCCACAGUGAACAGUUAUGUCACAGCGCCCAGUAUCCCGGCCUACCCCCCCACCCCAGUGUCGCCCUACAUGGGGUACAGCGCCACCACGUCGGCCUAUGUGACCGGUCCCACAUGGCAGCCGCCCAGUGGCAGUGCUCUCUCUCACCACAGCUGUGACAAUAUUGCCUCCUCGCUGUCCUUCAAGGGUAUGACAGCCCACCACCGUGACACACUCCACCCCCACACCGUCAGCGCCUCAGCACUGUAGAACACAGGCAGAUGGGCGAAUGGACGGACGGAGAGACAGAGGUGGGAGAGAGAGAGGGAAGAAGAGGGGGAGAAGAACAGACAGACGGGCAGAUUGAGAGAAAAGAGGAUGACAUAAGGAGAAAUGGAGAGAUGAGUCCUUUCUUACAAUGGGUCCCUUGUCAGCUCAUCACAAACAAUCACCUCUCUGUAUUUAAAUGAAGGACCUCACCUAGGAGAAAUAUCAAUCACAACAUUCUCUUCCAUAUAACAUGGUGUGGAGAACUCAAGUUAACACCUCGUUAAAGACAGGACAUGGAAGGAAAGGUUUGCCACACUUUCUACAGUAUCUACAGACAUGACACUGUCUGCUAUGUUGUCCAGCAGACAGCUCACAGGACAGGUCAGGUGUAUUGAAGGACUGACUGACUGACUGGGGAUGGGGGACAUUGUGCCAUCCUCAUCAACAGCUUGUCUCUUAAACCCAUUUUUGAACACUUCUCUGCAAAUGUUAUUAGAGACAAGGGGCUAAAGCAGGCUGUGACAAUCUAAACCAGCAGGAAAACAACGUUUUGCAUUGAAGUGUUUCAGGGUGAAAUCAAUUGCCAUUAUUUUGGAUGUUUGUAUUUUUCCCUUUUUGUUUGUGUUCUGUUAUUUUUUAUAAACGCAACAGUCUCAAUAUUGAACAUUGUUUUUUCACUUCUCAACUGAAAUGAUAGGUUAUCCUCAUGUUUAUUUAUUAGACUGACUAAGGUACUGCGGUUAAACAAAGUGCAGUUAUUACAUUAAAAGUCCACGGUGGAGACCGUAUGGGGAACGUUCCCUAAUGUUUAAGACUACAUUAUGGUAGAACAAGUAAAAAGCUGCAGUUCCAAAACAUGCACAAUGAAAUUGAAUGUAUCUGAAUUAAAAUAAAUGUUUGGAUUGUUACCUGA